CGCAACAUUUUCUUCUGUUGUGUAGUAGUUUGUUAGUUUUGGGUGCGAUAUGGAUGCCUUACCCAAUGGCUUUUACCGAAUUGAACUUAACAGAACGACGUGGGAAGUUCCAGAACGCUAUCAGCAACUCAGCCCCGUCGGUAUCGGCGCCUACGGGCAAGUCGUGUCUGCUUUGGAUGUGGAGACGCAGACAAGUGUUGCAAUCAAGAAGUUAGCGAGGCCUUUUCAGUCACAAGUCCACGCCAAGCGCACGUACCGAGAACUAAAGCUGUUGAAAGUGAUGGACCACGAGAAUGUCAUAGGGCUGUUGGAUGUUUUCACUCCUAAUUCAUCUCUGGACGAUUUUCGGGAUUUAUACCUUGUUACAGCACUGAUGGGAGCCGACCUGAACAACAUCAUUAAAUUUCAGUCGUUAAGUGAUGAUCAUGUUCAGUUUCUCAUUUACCAGAUACUCCGUGGUCUUAAGUAUGUUCAUUCAGCUGGUGUAAUACAUCGAGAUUUAAAACCAAGCAAUAUUGCAGUCAACGAAGAUUGUGAACUGAAAAUUUUGGACUUUGGCCUGGCUCGAGCCACAGAUGACGAAAUGACCGGCUAUGUGGCAACAAGAUGGUACCGAGCACCAGAAAUCAUGCUCAAUUGGAUGCACUACAGCCAGAAUGUUGAUAUUUGGUCGGUCGGUUGUAUCAUGGCUGAGCUGCUGACCGGUAAGACAUUAUUUCCCGGAUCAGACCACAUUGACCAGUUGUACAAGAUACUUCAGCUUGUUGGCACACCAGAUGCCGUGUUUAUGAAAAAGAUCACCAGCGACUCGGCUCGGUCGUACCUCCAGUCUCUUCCAAGCACGCCGAAACGACCGUUCUCCGAGAUUUUUGUGGGUGCAAAUCCUUUAGCUAUAGAUAUUCUUGAACGGAUGCUAGUGCUGGACACAGACCAACGGAUUUCAGCCAUUGAUGCAUUGGCUCAUCCAUAUUUUGCAAAAUAUUCAGAUCCUACUGAUGAGCCAACGUGUGACCCAUACGAUGACUCGUUUGAAAAACUGGACGUUACAAUACCUGAAUGGAAAGAAUUGGUAUACAAAGAGGUUGUGGACUGCAUUGAGAAGAAGAUGGCAGGCAAGGUGUCUGGUGCAUUACAAGCUGGAGCUGUGGCAAUGGAUAUGUGAUCUUUUUGCAUCGUUUUAUAUCAUAAUUCGUGAUACAUGGAAUCGUAGACAGUCUAUCUUAGCAUUUUUAUGGUUCAUGUGAACCAAAUCAUAUUUGCCUUUUGCUUCUGCAUCAUGGCUUUCGUUUCAUGAUAAGUGCAUUGUCGGGUGUGAAUACAUGAUGUGUGUGCUGUGUCACUGUA